CAGUGUAGCCCAGCCUCCGCGGCUCCCCGCCCGGAGAACGCGUCUCCUUUGGACCUGCCCCUCUCCAUUCUCGGCCCGCCGCGCUCCUGUGCCCACGGCUGCGGGCUGAGAGCUGAGAGCUGAGAGCUGAGAGCUGAGAGCUGCAAGCUGCGAGCUGCGAGCUACGAGCUGCGAGCUACGGGUGGAUCGGCUAGAGGCAAACCAGGAAAUCAGAGUGGGAGCAAUACAGCUAGUGAGGGAGAGCGGGAGGGUAACAGGAGGACUGACAGACCUGGGGACCCGGGAAAGACUGUGCUAAGCUCGGCUGUGCAGCCUCCCUAGAUGCCAGCCAUCUGGAUCACGGAAGGGGACUUGAAAGCUGAGUAUGAAAAGGAUUGCUAGCAUCCAGGUAUCCCUACCCCUGCAGUCGCAGCACGGCCCCCAGUAUGCGCGCCGGACACACGUCUCUUCUAAGUUCCCCCCGAGCCGAAUAAAAGCCACCCGCGUACAGCUCCCGGCCCGUGAGGGACAUUGAGAUCAGUUUACAGAGAGCCUUCUGUGAGGACUCCACAGAAUGGAGCAAGAAUGAGAGGAAUAAGGCAGACAGAAAAGCAUGAACUGGAGGUUUGUUGAGUUCAUCUACUUCCUGUUUAUAUGGGACCAUAUAACAGUGCAGCCCUCCCACCAGGAAACAGCUGUUACCGACCAACAUGUCUCCAAGGAAUUUGAUUGGCUUAUUUCAGACAGGGGACCUUUCCACCACUCCCGGAGCUACCUAUCCUUUGUGGAAAGACACCGUCAAGGAUUUACAACCCGAUAUAAAAUAUACAGGGAGUUUGCCCGUUGGAAGGUGAGGAAUACAGCCAUUGAGCGGCGAGAUCUGCUCCGUAAUCCAGUGCCCCUCAUGCCUGAGUUUCAGAGAAGCAUCCGACUCCUGGGCAGGAGACCCACAACUCAGCAAUUCAUUGAUACCAUCAUCAAAAAGUACGGCACCCACAUCCUCAUCUCUGCCACUUUGGGAGGAGAGGAGGCCUUGACCAUGUACAUGGACAAAAGUCGACUAGACAGGAAGUCAGGGAAUGCUACCCAAAGCGUGGAGGCUCUGCACCAACUCGCAUCCUCUUAUUUUGUCGACCGUGAUGGCACAAUGAGGAGACUCCAUGAGAUCCAGAUCUCCACCGGAGCAAUCAAGGUAACAGAAACCCGCACUGGUCCCCUGGGCUGCAACAGCUAUGACAAUCUGGACUCUGUGAGUUCUGUCCUUCUACAAAGCACGGAGAGCAAACUCCACCUCCAAGGUCUUCAGAUAAUCUUCCCUCAGUAUCUGCAAGAGAAAUUUGUCCAAUCAGCCUUGAGUUACAUAAUGUGCAAUGGGGAGGGAGAGUAUGUGUGUAAGAACAGCCAGUGCCGAUGUCAGUGUGCAGAGGAAUUCCCACAGUGCAACUGCCCAAUCACUGACAUCCAGAUCAUGGAGUACACUUUGGCCAACAUGGCCAAGUCUUGGACGGAAGCCUAUAAGGACCUGGAGAAUUCAGAUGAGUUUAAAUCAUUCAUGAAGAGGCUGCCUAACAACCAUUUUCUGACCAUUGGGAGCAUCCACCAGCAUUGGGGGAAUGACUGGGAUCUACAGAACCGCUACAAGCUGCUCCAGAGCUCUACUGAGGCUCAGAGACAGAAGAUCCAGCGCACUGCCCGGAAACUCUUUGGCCUCAGCGUCCGCUGCCGCCACAACCCAAACCACCAGCUGCCAAGAGAAAGGACUAUACAGCAGUGGCUUACUAGGGUCCAGUCCCUGCUUUACUGCAAUGAGAAUGGGUUCUGGGGGACCUUUUUGGAAAGUCAGCGAAGUUGUGUAUGCCAUGGUAGUACCAGCCUAUGCCAGAGGCCCAUCCCCUGCAUCAUUGGGGGCAACAAUAGCUGUGCCAUGUGUAGCCUGGCCAACAUCUCACUCUGUGGCUCCUGCAACAAAGGCUACAAGCUCUAUAGGGGUCGCUGUGAGCCCCAGAAUGUGGAUUCAGAGCGCAGCGAGCAGUUUAUCAGCUUCGAGACAGACCUGGAUUUCCAGGAUCUUGAGCUAAAGUAUCUGCUGCAGAAGAUGGACUCGCGUCUUUAUGUCCACACCACCUUCAUCAGCAAUGAGAUCCGCCUCGACACCUUCUUUGACCCCCGGUGGCGUAAGCGGAUGUCCCUUACCCUCAAGAGCAACAGAAAUCGCAUGGACUUCAUCCAUAUGGUUAUUGGUAUCUCCAUGCGUAUCUGUCAGAUGCGUAAUAGCAGUCUGGACCCCAUGUUCUUUGUCUAUGUCAACCCCUUCAGUGGGAGUCACUCUGAAGGCUGGAACAUGCCCUUUGGGGAAUUUGGGUACCCACGCUGGGAGAAAAUUCGUCUCCAGAAUGGUCAGUGCUACAACUGGACUCUGUUGCUGGGCAACCGGUGGAAAACAUUUUUCGAGACUGUUCAUAUCUACCUACGCAGCCGGACCCGGCUGCCUUCCCUACUGCGCAAUGAGACUGGACAGGGACCAGUGGACCUGUCUGACCCCUCCAAGAGGCAGUUCUACAUCAAAAUCUCUGACGUGCAGGUGUUUGGCUACAGCCUACGGUUUAAUGCCGACCUCCUUCGCAGUGCAGUGCAACAGGUCAACCAAUCCUACACACAAGGUGGGCAGUUCUACUCCUCAUCCUCUGUGAUGCUGCUGCUGCUAGAUAUCCGGGACCGAAUUAAUAGACUGGCGCCCCCCGUGGCCCCAGGGAAACCCCAAUUGGAUUUGUUCUCCUGUAUGCUGAAGCAUCGCCUGAAACUGACCAACAGUGAGAUCAUUCGUGUGAACCAUGCACUGGAUCUCUACAAUACUGAGAUCCUUAAACAAUCGGACCAAAUGACAGCCAAACUCUGUUAACCCUAGGGACUUCUUGCCAGGGACUGAUCCUUUUGCUGUAUAAAAACAACAGAACAAAACAAAACCUAAACAAACAAAAAAUCACCACCCACAAAACAAAACAAAAACAAAUACAAAAAGCUAAAAAAAAUUUGUAAAAUGUAAUUAAUAUUCAAAGAAAGGAGAAAAUUCUUCAUUUGUUGGAAAACUAAACCAUUCUAGCAACUGUAUAAAACUGUUGGGCAUGUUUGUUAUUUCUAUAAUCCGUCAUAAAAGAAGGGUCACACCUUUCUCUCGAGCUGUGAAGGUGUUGCUUGGUAGGCUUCAGGGGCUGCAUUAAGGGGGUAGAGGAGGGAACAUGAACACAAUGAAUUGUAAAGAUCUCUGCUGUGCAGGUGCUAAGAUUACAAAAAGAAAGAGCUAUAUGUAAUGUAAGAAAAAAAAAAAAACACUGCCACUUUUCCUUGUGGGAGGAAAUAGGCAAAGAUAAAGAAGAGAUUUCUUCAGUUGAGAUGUC